UAUCAGAAUGUUAAUGAUGUGCUGCUGCUAAAUUUGGUCAAAGAAGUCACCUCGCCAGAGCGUGCUGUGGGAGCGUCGGGGAGCGGCAGCAGCGGCGGCGGCGGCGGCGGCGGCAGCGGCGGGCCGAGCCGAGCCGAGCCGGACCGCGCCGAGCUGAUCCCAUCCCAUCCGUUCAGAUCCGCGCGGCGCUGCUGGUGCUGCUGCUUCCAGUUCCCGGAGUUUCCGAAAGGCGAGGAGGAGGGAAAAAAAAGAAAAAAAAUAUAAAUAAAGCAACCCGGACCGUAUUUCUUUCAUCCUUCUCUAAAAAAAAAAAAAAAAAAAAAAAAAGAAAAAGACUAAAAGAGGGGAAAUGAAAUCUGGCUGAUAGGGAAGAGGAAAAACCCAUCACAACAAAAGGUUACUGCACUUAAACCUCUGAAGACGCAAAUACCGCGCGGGGGGAAGAGACAGGCGCAAAACCGACAGACAGCAAAACCUCAGCCCAGGAGGUGCUCUCUUCCUAGUAAAGAAAGGAGAUUUUUGUUUCUUUUUUUUCGCUUUCUUCUUUUUUCCCCCCCGAACGCGUGUAGGAGGGAUAACAGCCGAGACCAAUAAAAGUUUGCAGAAGGGAAAAAACUGCGAGCGGGGAUCCUCCGGGUGAGCCGCGCGCCGGUGCCGGCGGACGGGAGCUCCGUCCCUCCCUGCCCGCCGUCUCCUCGUCGCCCCGCUCCGCCGCCGCCGCCGCCCGGGGCUCGCAGCCCGCCCGCAGCGACCCGCCGCCUCGGGGACGCGGCCCGGCGCGGCCCUGCCCGGCCCGCGGAGCGCCCCCGGGGGAUGUGGCAGCGGCCCCCGCGAGCCGGGGACGCCGCCGCCGCCGCUCCUCGCCGCCGCCGCGGGGGGUGCCCCGCCAGCCCCGGGGCGGCGGGGGCCGGGGCGCCCCUGCCCGCCGCCGCGCCGCUGCGGCCGCAGCCCAUGAGCCCCGCUGCUCCGGCCGCCCGCUGACCGGCUUGGAUGAUUCGCGACCUGAGCAAGAUGUACCCCCAGACCCGGCACCCGGCGCCUCACCAGCCAGCGCAGCCCUUUAAAUUCACCAUUUCCGAGUCCUGCGACCGGAUUAAGGAGGAGUUCCAGUUCUUGCAGGCGCAGUACCACAGUUUAAAGCUAGAAUGUGAAAAACUGGCCAGUGAGAAGACAGAGAUGCAGCGACAUUAUGUCAUGUAUUACGAGAUGUCCUAUGGGCUGAAUAUAGAGAUGCAUAAGCAGGCAGAAAUUGUCAAGAGGCUGAAUGCUAUAUGUGCACAAGUCAUUCCCUUUCUAUCCCAAGAGCACCAGCAACAAGUGGUGCAGGCUGUGGAACGUGCCAAGCAAGUGACCAUGGCAGAACUGAACGCAAUCAUUGGGCAGCAACAACUCCAGGCUCAGCAUUUGUCUCAUGGACAUGGUCUCCCCGUGCCUCUCACCCCGCACCCCUCGGGCUUGCAGCCUCCUACCAUCCCACCCAUUGGCAGCAGCGCUGGCCUUCUGGCACUGUCUAGUGCACUGGGCGGGCAGUCCCACCUACCGAUUAAAGAUGAAAAGAAGCAUCAUGAAAACGAUCACCAAAGAGACAGAGACUCCAUCAAGAGCUCUUCUGUAUCUCCAUCAGCCAGUUUCAGAACAGCAGAAAAGCACAGAAACUCAACAGAUUACUCUUCAGACAGUAAAAAACAGAAAACAGAAGAGAAGGAAAUAGCAGCUCGUUAUGACAGUGAUGGUGAAAAGAGUGAUGACAACUUGGUAGUUGAUGUUUCCAAUGAGGAUCCUUCCUCUCCCCGGGGAAGCCCAGCACACUCUCCACGGGAGAACGGCUUGGACAAGACUCGACUGCUGAAGAAAGAUGCACCAAUUAGUCCAGCAUCUAUUGCAUCCUCCAGCAGUACUCCUUCCUCCAAAUCCAAAGAACUUAGCCUUAAUGAGAAAUCUACCACACCUGUAUCUAAAUCAAAUACCCCAACUCCACGGACUGACGCUCCAACUCCAGGCAGUAAUUCCACUCCCGGAUUGAGGCCUGUGCCUGGCAAGCCCCCAGGUGUUGACCCACUAGCUUCAGGUUUAAGGACGCCUAUGGCAGUGCCAUGUCCUUACCCAACUCCAUUUGGGAUUGUGCCACAUGCUGGUAUGAACGGUGAGCUGACCAGCCCAGGAGCUGCCUAUGCUGGUCUACACAACAUUUCCCCUCAAAUGAGUGCAGCAGCCGCAGCAGCAGCAGCAGCCGCAGCUUAUGGGAGAUCUCCAGUGGUUGGUUUUGAUCCUCAUCAUCACAUGCGAGUCCCAGGCAUCCCUCCCAAUCUCACAGGCAUCCCAGGAGGAAAACCAGCAUAUUCAUUUCACGUAAGCGCAGAUGGUCAGAUGCAGCCUGUACCUUUCCCUCCCGAUGCCCUCAUCGGUCCAGGAAUCCCUCGCCAUGCCCGUCAGAUCAACACUCUGAACCAUGGGGAAGUCGUGUGUGCGGUUACUAUCAGCAACCCCACGAGACACGUGUACACGGGUGGGAAGGGCUGUGUCAAAGUGUGGGAUAUCAGCCACCCUGGCAACAAGAGCCCUGUCUCUCAGCUGGACUGCUUGAACAGAGAUAACUACAUCCGUUCCUGCAGAUUGCUCCCAGACGGCCGCACCCUGAUUGUUGGUGGGGAAGCCAGCACGUUAUCCAUUUGGGACCUGGCAGCUCCAACUCCCCGGAUUAAGGCAGAGCUGACAUCUUCUGCUCCGGCUUGCUAUGCCCUAGCUAUCAGCCCUGAUUCCAAGGUCUGCUUCUCUUGCUGUAGCGAUGGGAACAUUGCAGUGUGGGAUCUGCAUAACCAGACUUUAGUAAGGCAAUUUCAGGGCCACACAGAUGGAGCCAGCUGUAUUGACAUUUCUAAUGAUGGCACUAAGCUCUGGACAGGAGGCUUGGACAAUACAGUCAGAUCCUGGGACCUCAGAGAAGGGAGACAGCUACAACAACAUGACUUUACAUCACAGAUCUUCUCGCUGGGCUAUUGUCCAACUGGUGAAUGGUUGGCAGUAGGAAUGGAGAACAGUAACGUCGAGGUGCUGCAUGUUACUAAACCAGACAAGUAUCAACUGCAUCUUCAUGAGAGCUGUGUGUUGUCACUCAAAUUUGCUCACUGUGGCAAAUGGUUUGUAAGCACUGGAAAAGAUAACCUUCUUAAUGCCUGGAGAACACCUUAUGGAGCCAGUAUAUUCCAGUCCAAAGAAUCCUCAUCUGUGCUUAGCUGUGAUAUCUCUGUGGAUGACAAAUACAUUGUCACUGGCUCUGGGGACAAGAAGGCUACAGUCUACGAAGUUAUUUAUUAGAGGCAAAUCUGAAUGCAGACAAGACUCCUCGUAGCACUUUGCUGUAUAUUCCUUUUUUUUUUCUUUCCCAAACUGAGAACUUAAAUGCUCAUCACAGUUAUGGAAUUUAUUUUUCCCCUUUUAACUUGCUGUUGAAUUGUGAAUGCUGAUUAAGAACUUGUGAUACCAAAUCAUCAGAUAUCUACUUGGAAGAAGAUGGAAUAAGCAUACUUAACAGUGAACUUGACUCUUUAAUUAUGUAUUAUAGCUGUAAUGUAUUUAUUUUGUUUAAAGAAGGCUUUCUAACAAUGAACUGACUAAAUAAAGCUGUCUGGCCCGGCUUUGGUUUGAAAGAGAGAAGUACAAUAAGUUGCCUCAAAGAAUCACCUUUAUUACUUCUGGACACUUUUGCCACGUUUCUUUGAAAAGGGAGAUAUGCGUCUUUGGGCAAUUUUUCAAUUACAAGAGAUUACAAAAAAUAUUUGAUAUAUUCAUUGGAAACUGCACUGAAAUAAGAACGGAUUUCUACCAAUAUACAAACUACAAAAGCAAGGACCUCUGAGGUAGGAUUAACAAGAGCACUCAUUCUGAAGUACAGUAAAGGAGUAGAUUCUCACUUGGGAAAGGACUUGCUUUGUUUGCCACCAGUUCAAUCCAAGUAUAUGAUUGGAUGUCCCCCAAAAUGGACGCAGGUGGAGCCAUUGUGCCAGAGACAUUGUGUUAUCUUUUUAUGUUGUUGUUGUUGCUGUUAAACUAUGAUCUGUGACAUUUUUUUUUUUGAAUGCUUUAAAAAAAUCUUUAAGUCUGUGGAUCUGCUGAUGUACAGUGCCUUUGCUGCUAUGGAUCAAAAUCAAAAGACCCUGUAGAUAAAUCUUACUGUAUAAGUAGAAAAUUACUUAAUUUCAUACUAGAAAUGGAUUGAUGCUGCAAGUUAAAAUGGACUGUUCAUUGAAGUUCCAAAUGUGGUAGCAAAAAAUGGUGUCUUAAGUGCUUAGUGUUUGAUGUCAUUAACAGUUUCGUAAUACUCUACAGUGUAGAAAGAUUUUGAUACUAAACUGUGUCAUUGUACAUAGUUCUAAUGCAUUGUAUUGACCACCAGUACUUCUAUAACGGUAGAUUAUUGUUUGUGCAUUCAGACUUUUAAGCAUUAAACAUAAGUAACUUCUAA